CGUUCUACAUAAAGAGUCCGGGACGGGGAGUCAGGGCGCCACAACGGGGCAACCCACCUCUUGCACACACUCACACACACACACACACACACACACAAAGACAUUAAGCACCAAGAGGAAGACGGAAAGAGUGAAACGAAGAAAAAGAAGGAACAGAGAAGAGAGAGAGAGAGAGAGAGAGAGGGGAUAUAUAUGACUAGAUAUGGCAAACACCUAUGAAGGAGGAAUCCCUGCCCGGGUCUAUCUGGGAACCCUGCUCGUGGCUCUUUGCUUCCACCCCAUCGCCGUUGGAGGAGUUGACCCGGUGUUGAACGGGAUCCCUUCAUCUUCUCUUCCUGCAGCCGUGCUGAAGCAGGAGGUGGCGCUGGAGAAUGGCGCCACAACGCUGAACCACUCCAUGGCAAUGGUGCAGCGCAUGGAGGGUCUGCUGGCCCAAGGCAACGGCAGCGAUGUGGCCCUCCGCGUGCAGACGGUAAACACGGAUGAGGUGAAGGUGAUCCAGGCGCACACGCUGGUGCUCUCGCUGCAGAGCGAGGUGUUUGAGGAGCUGCUGCUCAGCCACAACACCAGCACCUUGGUCCUGAGGGAGCCUGCCGACUGUGCUGCUGUCUUUGACAAGUUCAUCAGGUACCUCUACUGCGGUGACAUCUCUGUGCGCCUGGACCAGGCAAUCCCUCUGCACAAGCUGGCCAGCAAGUACCGUGUGUGGAGCCUCCAGCAGGGCCUGAGCCAGUACAUGACGGGGCACCUGUCCAGCGACUCCCCGACAGGACACGUGGUUGGCUGGUACCAGUACGCCAUGCAAAUUGGCGACGCCAACCUGAGGGACAGCUGCCUCCAGUACCUCUCCUGGAACCUGUCGUCGGUGUUGCAGAGCGGCGAGUGGGGCUCCAUCAGCGACGACCUGCUGCUGUCCCUGAUGCAGCGCUCCGACCUCAUCCUGCAGAGCGAGCUGGAGCUCUACGAGGCCCUGGAAGCCUGGAUCGGCCAGAACCAGCCGGCCAGCCUAACGGUGGAGAAUGCCCUGAGGCAGGUGCGCUAUGGCAUGAUCCCCCCACAGCACCUGUUCCGUCUGCAGAAGCAGUCACCAGUCAUGCUGAAAUACUACGAGUCCAUCCGUGACCUGCUCUUCCUGGCCUUCCAGUUCCACUCGGCCUCGCCCGUCCAGCUGGCCAAAUACUUUGACGUCAACUGCAGCAUAUUCACGCCACGCAACUACCUGUCACCGUCCUGGGGCUCUCCAUGGGUCAUCAACAACCCCACGCGCGACGACCGCAGCUUCAGCUUCCAGACCCAGCUGGGCCCCAGCGGCAGCGACACCAGCAAGCGGGUGACCUGGAACGCCCUGUUCUCCCCGCGCUGGCUCCCGCUCAGCGUGCGCUCCGCCUAUACAAACGAGAUGCAGGCCACACGCACUGACGGCGGUCGUCCUCGCAUCAUCGUCACCCCAGCCACUUCCAGCCCCGACUUCGCCGGUGUGAGCUUCCAGAAGACGGUGAUCGUGACGGCGAGGCAGGGGGGUAAAAUGGUGGUUCGUCACGUCUACAACUUCCACCAGAGCACUGAGGAGGCCGGGGAUUUCCUGGUGGAAGCCGACCUUCACCGCCGGGCGUCUGAAUACCUCAUCGACAGCUCCCUCUACCUGCACGUCGUGGUAAAGCCCCUUUACCACAGCCUCAUCAUUGCCAGAAAAUAGGCCAAGAGGUUGUUGUUGCCUUAGUAACCAACGGUUCCCAUUAGAUGGUCAAGUUGCAGAGUAAAAAUUGGCUAUAUCAUAAAUAAUUAUGAAAACAAAACAUUUGCUUUUUGGUCUUAAUUUAAGGUACACAGCAUAAGGUUUGCAGUGUGGUUGAGGUUAUAUUUCAAGAACAGAAAUUGUAGAAAUAGGCUGGGUUUAUGACUUUGGAACUUGCCCAGACAGUGAUGACCGUAACCAACCGCCCUCCCUGCUGAGUCCCACCCCCCCUAGCCUGCAGACAAAGUCACACAUGCACACUCAUAUCGCAACUCCUGUUUAUUGGCCUGGUACUGGGCACCUCUGUUCUACAUAAGGUAAUGGUACUUUUUGCAGUAGUGGUUAAGUUUGUCUCCAAACUGUUUUAGCUCUGAAAAGAGGUGUCUGGAGCCAGCUGUAACUGUACUGCAUCUAUUAAAGAAGUCAAUGAAAGAGUUUCAGAUAAUAACAGUUCCUCCACAUUGUUUCCCCCCCAAUCUUACACACAUGGUAGGGGCAAACACGACUGCACUGUAUUUGUUUGAGAUAUGAUUAUGUCAAUACUUGGAUAUUUCCUUGAUUGCCCCUGAUUAGAGGAAAGGCACAUUCUUUAUGACAUAUUUAACUGUAUGAAUUUAUCUGCAUAGCUACAGGAUACUACUAGUAAAUCAAAGUGUCAGUUAUUGGUAUUGUUUCCAUUAGCUGAACUCUCACUUUGUUGGUGCUAACCAAACCUCACAGGAUCAAGUGAAGCUUCUUUUGUUGCUUUGCACACUGCCAACACCAUAAGUACAGGCCAAUUUAAAAGCAUGCAUUCAUACCAUUAGUCACAAUUACAAGCAUAAGUUUACAGGCCUAAAUAUUAUAGCCAUGCUGAUACUCAGUGACCAGACAAUUCCUAUACCAGAGUUUCUCUAGAAGCCAUUUUGCUGUUGCCCUACUCUUUUGCAAUUGAGGAGCAUUUCUAUUGAAUCUUUAAGUCAACCGGCAGUAUUAGUGGUCUUAGAAGGAUUGUGUUGUUGUGAGUAGUGCUUAUAUAAUGAAUUAUGCACAGGCCUAUGGACAACAUUGUUGGUCUAAAUUAUACUUUCGGGUCUUUAGAAUGUUACUGGUUCAUGUAGCUACCAUAUCUCUCUCUAUGUCCUCUUCCUAUAUCCUGAAUAAAAUGUUAUUUUACCCAGUC